AUGUUCACCUUGGUCAAGAUAGCAGACACUAUAGAGCUUGAUCCAAGUACAUUUGGACUGCCUCACCAGCAAGCGUUGCAUCAAGAGAUUAAUAAAAAGUAUGCAAACAGGGUACUGACUGACGUUGGCCUCUGUAUUGCUCUGUACGAUUUGCAAACCGCUUCAGAUGGCCUGCUGAGACCAGGAGAUGGAUCAAUCUACAUCAAAUGCGAGUUCCGGUUAAUUGUUUUUGCUCCCUUCCCCGGCGAGACACUGGUAGGCUGGAUCUCCAGCUGUACCGAGGAAGGACUCAAUGUCCGAAUGGAGUUUUUCGAUAAUGUUUUCAUUCCUAAAGCGAUGCUGUUCGAGGGAACCCAGUUUAUUGUCCAAGAACAGGCCUGGGUGUGGAAGAACGACGAGUAUAGCCUUUACUUGGACAUCAAUGAGAAGAUCAGAUUCAGGGUGGAAGAAGUUGUGUUCGACAAGUCGAUGCGGAUUGUUGCAAGCGCACAAAUCGACGGUAUGGGUCUAAUUUCUUGGUGGUAA